CCCAGCGCUCCGCUCCGCUCCGCUGCGCUUGGGUGCGCGCCGCGGCCAUGCAGCGCCGGGGCGCCCUGUUCGGCAUGCCGGGCGGCAGCGGCAACCGGAAGAUGGCUGCAGGAGACAUCGGAGAGCUGCUGGUGCCCCACAUGCCCACGAUCCGCGUGCCCCGGUCCGGGGACAGGGUCUACAAGAACGAGUGCGCCUUCUCCUACGACUCCCCCAAUUCUGAAGGUGGACUCUAUGUAUGCAUGAAUACAUUUUUGGCCUUUGGAAGGGAGCAUGUGGAAAGACAUUUUCGAAAAACUGGACAGAGUGUCUACAUGUACCUGAAGAGACACGUGCGUGAGAAGGUAAGAGGGGCAUCUGGUGGAGCUUUACCCAAAAGGAGGAAUUCCAAGAUUUUUUUAGAUCUAGAUACUGAUGACGAUUUAAAUAGCGACGAUUAUGAAUAUGAAGAUGAAGCCAAACUUGUUAUAUUCCCAGACCACUAUGAAAUAGCACUACCAAAUAUUGAGGAGUUACCAGCCCUGGUAACAAUUGCAUGUGAUGCAGUUCUCAGCUCAAAAUCUCCGUACAGAAAGCAGGACCCAGAUACGUGGGAAAAUGAAUUGCCAGUGUCCAAAUAUGCAAAUAACCUCACCCAGUUAGACAACGGAGUCAGGAUUCCUCCAAGUGGUUGGAAGUGUGCCAGGUGUGACCUGCGAGAAAACCUCUGGUUGAAUCUGACCGACGGCUCUGUGCUGUGUGGGAAGUGGUUCUUUGACAGCUCCGGGGGCAACGGGCAUGCGCUGGAGCAUUACAGAGACCUGGGCUACCCUCUAGCUGUGAAACUGGGAGCCAUCACUCCUGACGGGGCAGAUGUUUAUUCUUUCCCAGAAGAGGAACCUGUUUUGGAUCCUCAUUUGGCCAAGCACUUAGCGCAUUUUGGAAUUGAUAUGCUUCAUAUGCAUGGGACAGAGAACGGGCUCCAGGACAAUGACAGCCAGCCGCGGAUCAGCGAGUGGGAGGUGAUCCAGGAGACGGGGACGAAGCUGAAGCCCAUGUACGGCCCCGGAUACACGGGUCUCAAGAACCUGGGCAACAGUUGCUAUCUAAGCUCUGUGAUGCAGGCCAUCUUCAGCAUCCCGGAAUUCCAGAGAGCGUAUGUAGGAAAUCUUCCAAGAAUAUUUGACUACUCUCCUUUAGAUCCAACACAAGAUUUCAACACACAGAUGACUAAGUUAGGACAUGGCCUUCUCUCAGGCCAGUAUUCAAAACCUCCCAUGAAAUCCGAGCUCAUUGAACAGGUGAUGAAGGAGGAGCACAAGCCUCAACAGAAUGGGAUCUCACCACGCAUGUUUAAGGCCUUUGUGAGCAAGAGCCACCCGGAAUUCUCCUCCAACAGACAGCAGGAUGCCCAGGAGUUUUUCUUGCACCUGGUGAAUCUAGUAGAGAGGAACCGCAUUGGCUCAGAAAACCCCAGUGAUGUUUUUCGAUUUUUGGUGGAAGAACGUAUUCAGUGCUGUCAGACCCGAAAAGUCCGCUACACGGAGAGGGUGGAUUACCUGAUGCAGUUACCUGUGGCCAUGGAGGCGGCAACCAACAAGGAUGAACUGAUCGCCUAUGAACUAACGAGAAGGGAAGCAGAAGCAAACAGAAAACCCCUUCCCGAGCUGGUUCGUGCCAAGAUACCAUUUAGUGCCUGCCUUCAGGCCUUUUCUGAACCAGAAAACGUUGAUGAUUUCUGGAGCAGUGCCCUACAAGCAAAGUCUGCGGGUGUGAAAACAUCUCGCUUUGCCUCAUUCCCUGAAUACUUGGUAGUGCAGAUAAAGAAGUUCACUUUUGGUCUUGACUGGGUUCCCAAAAAAUUUGAUGUUUCUAUUGAUAUGCCAGACCUACUUGAUAUUAACCAUCUCCGAGCCAGGGGGUUACAGCCAGGAGAGGAGGAACUUCCGGACAUCAGCCCCCCUGUAGUUAUUCCUGACUCAAAAGAUCGCCUGAUGAACCAGUUGAUAGACCAAUAUCCUGUGUGCUCUGUAGCAUCAGACAUCGAUGAGUCAUCGGUGAUGCAGCUGGCCGAGAUGGGUUUCCCUCUGGAAGCGUGUCGGAAGGCUGUGUAUUUUACUGGAAAUAUGGGAGCUGAAGUGGCCUUCAACUGGAUCAUUGUUCACAUGGAAGAGCCAGAUUUUGCCGAGCCGCUGACCAUGCCGGGUUAUGGAGGAGCAGCUUCUGCUGGAGCCUCUGCUGGAUUGGAUAACCAACCUCCGGAGGAAACUGUAGCUCUCAUUACCUCCAUGGGAUUCCAUCGAAAUCAGGCUCUUCGGGCGCUACGAGCAACGAAUAGUAACCUGGAAAGAGCACUGGAUUGGAUCUUUAGCCACCCUGAGUUUGAGGAAGACAGUGACUUUGUGAUCGAGAUGGAGAAUAACGCCAAUGCGAACAUUAUUUCUGAAGCCAAGCCUGAAGGACCUAGAGUCAAGGAUGGAUCUGGAAUGUAUGAAUUAUUUGCGUUUAUCAGUCACAUGGGAACAUCUACAAUGAGUGGACAUUAUGUUUGUCACAUCAAAAAGGAAGGAAGAUGGGUGAUCUACAAUGACCACAAAGUUUGUGCCUCAGAAAGGCCCCCUAAAGACCUGGGCUACAUGUACUUUUACCGCAGGAUACCAAGCUAAACCUCAGAUGUACAAAUUGGCGAGAAGAAGCCAUACACCUUUUUAAUUUGCCAAAAAAAAAAAAAAAGUAAGAAUUUGGGACAGCCAGACAUGAGGGAAUACAUGGGGUAUUUAUAGUUUAUUUAAAGAACAUCAUUUGAUGCCUUCUGAAGUAGAACUGGGAGGAAAUUUCUAUUAUGUGAUGAUACACUACUGUAGAUAGUUUUUCUUUUUAUAAAUGUUUAAGAAGAGGAUGGUUAAAAAAAAAAGUAUUCCUGUUGCUGGUGGGGGAUCUGCCACUGGCACAUCAAAAGCAGGAAGUGCCGCCAGCCCUCUAUUUUGCUUUGGGGGUCAGUGAUAGUGGCCUCCAGAGGAACCAAGUAAUGGGGCCAGUCGUGUCGCCUACCCACCAUAAACAAAAAGCCCACUUUCGUUUCAUAUCAAAAAUCAGUAACUGGGCUGGGCUUUAUUUGUGACAUAAGUUUUUUCAUGACACACAAUGAUUUCUGACCUCUCCAUGUAGAGUAGAUGAGAACAUCUACAAUGAAAGAUAUUUUUAAUUUAGUCAUAUCAAAAUUCAUAAUACGAGUGUGUGAAUGUGUGUGAGAAUGCGACUGAGAGUGUGAGACCUUUAUAGUCAACUAGAAAAUCUGUGAUGGGUUGGUUUUUAAAGGUUAAAAUAGUUGGUAGUAAGCAUAGCUGGAAAAAGCAAGUCAAUAUUUUAAAGAAACUCUAUCUCAGGAACAGUUUAAAAAAUUAGUUCCCCGCUUAGAUUUUCAGGCGUAAAAAGGGCUGUUGUCCCUUUCAGUGCUGUCCAGAAUUCAGUUGGGUUUGUGACAUUUGGUUGUAUGAACGCAGAUGUCCCCAGCAGCACAGUGUUGUUCUUUGCCAAAGGUAGAUGAAUUCUGUUUCUCAGCAACCCUUCCCCCAAGGCAUAGUCAUGUGUACUGUUAAUUAAAAUAGCUGAUCUCUUCUUACCAUGACACAUGACAACUCCCUGAAAUCAUGUUAAGUGCCCCAAAUUUGUCUGUAAUUUUCUCAUCCCCCAGCUCUUUGCUUGCCUUCAUUUCUGUGUGUUCUGGGGCCAGAGUCUCAUCUCUGCCCUUUGUUGGCUAAUCACCUCCUGACUUGCCUUCACUGCUUAUCUGCUGUGACCAACAGUGUGAUCUUCAGCAGUUUAAGGGUUUCAGAUGCAAAGAAACUUUAUAUGACACUAUGAAAGACCAUCGUUUCCGUUGCAGUGUUUCAGCAUUUUAGUUGCAACCUGGGAUUAGAUCAGAGUUUCAGAUGUGAUGAAAAAGUGGAAUGAUAGUGCUCUGUACCAAAUGCUAGGGUCUCUGGAAUUUCUAUUUCAGAUUAUUCAGUCAAAUAAAAAAGGACUUAUUGCUGUCUGCUUAAUAUGCAUUUGAUUGGUAGAAAGGAUCUUCCUGGAGACUGUAGGAAAAUAAAGUAGAACCAACUGGGUGAAAUACAGCACAGAAUUCCACAAUUCUGUGAAGUCCAGAAGUUGGAUUAUGACAUGUCAGUUAUGAACAAUCAGGGUUCUGGUUAUGAUUGGGGCCCUUCUCACAGGAGAUGUGAGCAAGGGAUGCAGAGCCUGAGGCCUGUGGCCCGGGGACCUGGGUGCAGCCCGUAGCUGGGCAAGUCCCUCAUCUUUCCUUAGGUGCACAAUGGUGUGAUGACCCCUGCCCUCUCUUUCCAACUGUGCUUUGAGGAUCUGGUGAGAUCUGAUGCGCUGACCCUUUGAAGAGCAGCGGGUGGUGUGCCCAGUGGGUGGGCCCUAGUAGAGCGUGCUUCCUCUCUUCUCUUCUCUCACGUUUUCUUCAGUUCGGGAACAAAUGAGAUUGGCAGAAGGAGGGAGCUCAUGGGGCAGUAACUCUCUACUAAACUCUGCCCACUGGUGUCACCUUUUCACAUUGUCUUGGACACCCCAAAGCAGCCCCGCUCGGUGACACGAGUCCCUGAUUCCUGCAGAAACCCCCAUGCUAAGCAGCCUUACGGAAUCCCGUUUCCUUAGGGCUGAGUACCAUAGAAUAGUGACUCCAAACACACAUCAAAAGUGACUUCUUUUCACCGCUAUUACAAAGUGAAGGCCUUUU